GUGCGAAUAACCUUAAAUAAAUAAAAUAAAAUGAAUUAGCAAGCAUAGGGAUUUAAGUUGUAUAAUUCUAAUCAGAAUAAUGAAAUAAUUAAUAAAAGAAGGAAACUUAGUUUUGGAAGUGAAGGAAGUGAUUCAACUGGAGAAAGAUUAAAUGAAAGCUUUAAUAGGUUAACAUUAAGUGCUGGAAAUCCUUAAAGCUCUUUCCAACCAUUUGUGAAGAUUCCUAUUACUUAAAUAAAGCCACCAGAAAGACCAAUAACUUAACCUUCCUUGAUGAUGGGGAUUUAAAAAUACCUAAGAUUAGGGGAAGAUUUAGAAGCAGAAGAUCUCUUAACAAAACCUUAUAAUGAUCUUUAACAAAUCUAAAAUCUUUAAUAGUUAUCUCAGUAGAGACUCCAUUUUAUUCCAUUUGGAAUGCCAGCUAAUUAUGAAAAAUUAAUGACAGAGGUAUAAAAUGUUUUAAAAGGAGAAAUUCAAGUAGAAUAAGAAAGAUAAAAAAGAACUAUUGAUGAUUUCUUGAUUGAAUAAAAACUAUUGAAUCCAGGAUAAAAAUUAAGUAAAGAAGAAAGGGCAGCUAAAGUAAAGGCAUAUUUAGAAAAAAAACAUAAUCGUUUAUGGAAAUAAGUUAGGUAUAUUAUUUGUUUGAUAUCUUUAGAUACCCAGUUCGCAAAAAUCUUGCAGAAUUCAGAGAGAGAGUUCAAGGUAGAUUUACAAAAUCUGAGAAACCUAGAUUUAAUUAAAGUUUAAUACUAUUAGAUAAGGAAGAACGUAAAAUGGAAACAUUAACUAAUUCAUAUGCUUGA